AUGCUCACCCUACUAUUCGUAUCUUUGCUGUUGGUGAAUACUGGUUACGCUCUUCAAUGCAUAAAUAAUUGUACUGUUGGAGAUCGAUUUGGUCGACCAUAUGUUAUUCCUGAUGGUCAAUGUCAACAACGCAUUUCAUCUUCAAAAUGUUCUGCUGAAAUCGAUUUGCGAUGUUCAGAAAAUACUGAUUGUCUCACUGCUUAUGCACAGAGAAGAAUUCCUGAAAUGGUAGCUCGUAAAUAUGAUGCUGCACGUGUUUACAGAGAAAUCGCACCAAUCAUCGAAAAUUCAUCAAGAAAUGGUUCGAUUCAAUGUUUCAACUUAGACAACAAUGUUGUUAAAUGUUCUGCGAACGAGGUGUGUUCAUUCGAAUAUGAUACGGGAAAAAAAAAGAUGAAAAAACGUGGUUGUGAGACAAAAAUUUCGCCUAGAGUUUUUCUUUUCGAUGGAGAUCUCGGCCCAGCUCUUCAUGUUCAAUGCACUCGAGAUUUCUGUAAUUCAGAAACAACAGUCGCUCAAGUAAAGCAGAUUCUAGCCGAAAAUGGUUUAACAGAUGCUGAUGGACGACGCAUUUCUGCAGGAUUAAAAAAUAUAGCUUCUUCUCUUUUAAUAAUUCUAACUUUUAUUUUUGUUCGUAUCUCUUAUUUUUGA